AUGCACACUUCUUCAUCUACUCUUUUUUACACACAUAUCCCCUAUUUAUACCUUCCAAAUCUCCCUCCUCUUUCAAACCAUCUCUCUCUCUCUAUCUCUCUCCUCAUUGUGAAUUUGAUCAUGGGUUUUCUCUUGCCAUUUAGUAUCAUCCUCUUGGCUUUCCGUACCACCCAUGGCUUAAAAGGGGGUUGGCAAAAGGCUCAUGCAACAUUUUACGGCGGCGAAGAUGCAUCUGGCACCAUGGGUGGUGCUUGUGGCUACGGAAACCUCUACAGCGACGGUUACGGCACAAACACCGCAGCGUUGAGCACCGCACUAUUCAACAACGGGCUGAGCUGCGGUUCUUGCUUCCAGUUGCGGUGUAUUGAUGAUCCGAAAUGGUGCAUUCAAGGCGUCAUCACCAUCACUGCCACCAACUAUUGCCCGCCCAAUUACGCACUCGCCAAUGACAAUGGCGGGUGGUGCAACCCCCCACUCCGCCAUUUUGAUUUGUCGCAGCCCGCUUUCUUGAAGAUUGCACAAUAUCGCGCUGGAAUCGUCCCCGUUGCCUAUCGGAGGGUGCCAUGUAUAAAGAAAGGAGGAAUGAGGUUCACAAUUAAUGGUCACUCUUACUUCAACUUGGUUUUGAUCACCAACGUCGGCGGUGCGGGGGAUAUCCAUGGGGUCUCGAUCAAAGGGUCGAAAACAGGGUGGCAAACGAUGACAAGAAACUGGGGUCAAAACUGGCAAAGCAACUCUUAUCUAGACGGUCAAAGCCUCUCUUUUAGAGUAACAGCCAGUAACGGAAGAGUUGUAACCAGCUACCACGUCGUACCUUCUGGUUGGAAGUUCGGUCAAACGUUUCAAGGUGGUCAGUUUUAAGAUCUAUAAAAAAUUCAAUACUUAAAUCCCAUUUAAAAUUAAAAUAAAAAGGGAAUAUAAUUGUAUAAUACUAUAAUCUCCUUGUUCUUUUAUGUGUUUGUUUUUGUAUAAUAUGAAUAAUUAAGGUGUGUAUGUUAUA